AUGGAUUUCCUGAAGCUGACCAAGGAUAAAUUAGUUGUAAGCGACUUGAGUGAUCUUGUGGCUCAUGAAAGCUGCGGAGCCAUUUCCUUGUUUGUCGGAACCACUCGAGACUACUUUGAAGAUAAGAAGGUUAUCUCAUUGGAAUACGAAGCUUAUGAACCCAUGGCGCUUAAAACGUUGAAGAACAUCUGCCAAGACAUUCGCUCCCGCUGGCCACAGGUCAAGAACAUCGGGAUUUACCAUCGUCUUGGCGAGGUAGCAGUCAAAGAAGCCAGCGUUGUCAUCGCCAUCAGUUCUCCGCAUCGCAAAGAUGGGAUCGAAGCCACGGCUUUUGCCAUUGAGGAGCUGAAAAAGCAAGUUCCGAUCUGGAAGAAGGAGCAGUAUCUGGAGAGUCAAGGUACAUGGAAGGAGAACAGGGAGUCCAAAACGGAACGGAGGACCGGGAGAAAAAUUGAUUUCCGCGAGUGUCCCGUUGAGGGAGUCGAUGUUCCGAAGCAUUUGGUGCAGAUUGGCACAAAUCACGAGGAGAUAUCGCGUCGCAUUGAGAUGUUUAUUGAGCGGAAACGACAAGAAGUCAAUACGAGCAAUAUUGAAGAUUUUAUCGAAGGAGACGUUUCAGAGUCUUGUGCUCGGGUUAAGUGCACGGUUUUCCGCGUUAAGGACUCCAAGGGGCAUCUCAAGGUUCGUCGCGUGCAGAAUGAAUUUGGGCCACAAACUCUGUCAGAAAACUACACAAAACUCUUCACAAAACUCCAGGAAUCACCGUCUCAUGGAAGUUCAGAGACCAAGGAAGCCCCUUCCACUGAGAAUAUUAAAGAUUUUGGUGUUAAGGAAAGACUGAGUGACAUGGAAAAGCAUCUGGCACUGACUUCUGUGCAAUCUGGAAAUGUUUUUCAGCGAAUUAAAGCUCUGGAGGAUAGGAUUUUGUAUCUGGAAUCUAUCUCUCCGGAAUAUAUUCACUUCCUGGAGAGAAAGUCACAGAAACCAGGGGAAAAGCGGGAAGUGAAGAGGAAAAGAAUUUAUUCCAUUCAAUGCAUUGAUGAUUUCAUCGCUGAACUGGAGGAAAAUCCUUAAUGAUAAAUUGUAAAUAAAUAAUUGUAGAUUUUUAUUAUGAGUAAAUCAAUGAUGAUGAAAUUA